GAGAGAAAGUAAACGAGCUUCAUUCAAAAGAAAACAAAACGAAGUAAUGGAGGAUGUAUAUAUAGCUGCGUAGCUGAAAGAGAGAUUAUUCAUACUGUUAAGCAUUUACUUGAUAAGUUAUGGCUCUGGAGAAGAAUGUUCUACGCAUGAAUGCUGGUGAUGGGGAAUCUAGUUAUGCUAAGAACUCUCGGUUUCAGAAAGCUUCGCUUCUGAGAUCAAGUAAACUAUUGGAAGACUCCACCAAUGAAUAUGGGAUCAACGCAUUUCCACAGUGCUUUAGCUUAGCUGACUUGGGCUGCUCUUCAGGUCCCAACUCCCUUCUGGCUGUUACCACUAUAAUCGCCAACGUUCGUGCAUUGUGCCGAGAGAAAGAUAUUCCUGCACCCGAAUUCCAAGUGUUUCUAAAUGAUCUUCCUGAUAACGAUUUUAAUACAAUAUUCAAAACUCUAAAACCAUCCUAUUCAAGUUCUCCUGUAAAUGGAAAAGGAGACGCACUGGGGGAUGAUUGUUUUGUAGCCGGAGUCCCGGGUUCUUUCUACACGAGACUCUUUCCUAGCAGAAGCCUUCACUUUGUUCAUUCGUCGAAUAGUGUUCAUUGGCUUUCUCAGGUCCCUGUGAACCUAGAGAAAAACGGAGAAAAUAUAUUUAUUGCAAAAGCAAGUCCACCUGGUAUCUGCGAGGCCUACUCUGAUCAAUACACAAGAGAUUUCUCAACAUUUUUACGCCUCCGGUCUCAUGAAAUAACUACCAACGGGCGCAUGGUAUUGACAUUCCAAGGGAGGAGUAGCGCAGAUCCCAGCGACAGCAGUUGCUGCAUCUUAUAUGAAAUGCUAGCCAAAUCACUUCAGGACAUGUCGAAACAGGGAUUUAUCAGCGCAGCAGAUAUCUGUUCGUUCAAUAUUCCAUUCUAUAGCCCCACCACCGACGAAGUGAAGGCUAUAAUUGAAACUGAGGGCUCGUUUCAUAUUGAAGAACUGCAGAGCUAUAAAAAUGACAUUGAGAUACAAGCGACUAAUAGGGACACCUUAUGCAGAAUCAUGGCUAAACAAAUUCGGGCGAUAAAUGAACCAAUGCUUAUUGCUCAUUUUGGAAAUACGUUUAUGGACGAACUUUUUGAGCAGUAUGCCAAAGAGUUGAAUGAACAUCUCUCUAAAGAGAGAAUAGAGCACUUGGAUAUAGUGAUUUCCUUGACAAGAAAGAGUGAUUAGUGUUGGGAGAGUGCACAGAAAUUGCAGCAAUGCCGCAAUAAGCUGUAUUUUCGACGAAUUUUAUCUUUGCUCACUUAUUCUCUUGGUUGAUGGAACUAGAUUUUACUUCAAUAUUUCAUCAAAUAAGUCUGAAGUGGCAUCAUUUUUUCCA